AUGCUAGCGUUGUUGGAGUUUGCAUUUGAUCGCUCAGCUGUAGAAUCCUGGGUCUACACUGAAUGGGCGAAAAUCUACGAUGAGAGGUUCAUCGAAGAGUCUGUCCUCAAACCUAUUGAGAGUCUCAGACAAGAUUGUGACACGUUGCUCAACUCGGUAUCUAGAAAGGCUACCGGUACGGAUGCCAAGGCUGACCAAAGCAUCACACCAGUUGAACCAAAACUAAAGCACACCAUACCAUCCCCGUUCCAACUCACCGAGCCUAAGCCUCGGGAGCUCCCUGUUCCACGAGAGACGAUCAAACCAGUCACGCACAAACCUAUUCCAAAGAGUCUCAAUGAGAAUUCUCUACAAAAGAUAAAGGAACAAGACGAGGCACGUCUGCUGAUGAUGAAGGAGAGGACGCUGUCUAAAUAUGCCGACGAGGCAGCGGUGCCGACCUUGGCGACUGCUAGUCGUGCUGCGGACAUAGACAGCUUGAGAAAGGAGAUCGAUAACGAGCGACUGGCCGAGUGCACCUUCCAACCGAACCCUGCUAAACCUGUUCCGAAAAUACUGCCAGAGGCUGAGGUCAAGGCUACUAGUGCAAGCCUACUCAGGGAGUAUUCUCUGCUGACCAGGAAGCAGGAGCUUGAACAUGACAUAUUGAAGCAGUAUCUCACUGAGCUUAGGGACGCAUCGGAGUUCUACGAUUGGCAGAAUAGGAUGCAUGCGCAAGAUGAGCUUGACGAGAAACUUCGGCUCGAACGUCGCAAGCUGGAAAUGCAUUUGGCUCGAGAAGAGGCGGCGGAGGCAUCAAGAGUCAAUCACAAGCGAAACCAUGUGAUGGCUAACAUACAGAAGGAGACUGUGCGUGAGAAGUUGGAGGAAACUGAGAGGGAGAUUGAAGAGGCACUUGAACGGAAGCGCGAGUUGGUCUCAGUGGUGCAAUCUGAUCGAGAUAAUACGCGAGAGGCUGAGCGGAGGGUUAUCGAAUCGAGAGCUAUGGAGGGUGAGAGAAUUCGAGAGGAGAAAGCGAAGGAAUUCGAAAGGAAGCGGCUAGAGGACGAAUACGAGAUGGAAAAGCGGCGAGACAUGAUAAUGCAGAUAAGAGCAUUGGAGAGAGUUAGUGUGGUAAGAACAUCACCGUACGAUCCUUCGGAAAUACCCCAUCAUGGGCUCCUCGAGGAGAUGUCUUUCGCAGAACUCAAGGAACGACUGCAGCUCGCUAGGGACACUGCUGAGGCGGAGCGAGAGAGCAAACGCGCACAUAACCUCGAACAGAAACGCAUGAAGCAUGAGUCGCUGCUAACGAAGGCUGAGCAGUUGUCUGCAGUCCGACAACAGGCUCGCAUACAAGCCGAGCAGAGACGUCGCAGAAAGGCGCAGAUGGAGGCAGAGGAAGCUACAUUAUUGCAAGAAUUGCACGAAAAAGCUGUGGUGGACGUGGCGGAGAAAAUCGCUGAGAAGAAGCGGCAACGGUUGGCAGAAGAGCGCAAGUUGCAGGAGGAACUGAGGAAGAUCACCGAGAAGAGAGCAGCUCUGGCGGAGUCAGCAGAGUUGCUCGCCAGAAAGCAUCAUGAGGAGCUUCAUAAGGGCCGCAAGAG